AUGUCUUAUCCUUUGGUCAUCUCUUGUCCUGUUUCUUCGGGCAUGGUGUUUAACCUGCAACUGUCUCUGCUUGGUCCUCCCUGCCGAUCACCUCGUCACCACCUGGCAACAAAGUUGACCCCAUUCGGCACGCCAGGUUGCUGGGGCAUUGCUCCUGUGACCCCCGUCCCUCAGUAUACUUGCUUUCACUAUGCCAGGUUCACGAUGCAAAUGCAAACGGCUAAAUUCUGGCCCUCUGCAUGCAUGCAUCUCUGUCUCUCGUCUAGCCCCUCUGCCCCCAGCCGUGCUCUUGACAGUAGCUAUGCUGGCUCGUAUGCGCCUUGGCUUGCAGUUGCCAUGUGCAAACCCAAUCCACAAUUAGGGUCACAGCAACAUGUGAGUCUGAAGCCUAACGCGCUAGCGCAUGCUUGUGCAUGCCGGCCUGUGGUUGUAAGUCGCUAUCCUAACCCUGCUGCCUCUGCUAUUACUACUACUAGUCAUACCAUCAUUUUUGGUCUCUAUUUUCGCUUCUCUGUUGCUAUGUCUCACAUCUCAACUGUCCACCACAUUAGCCAUAAAGGCUUGCUCGGUUCAGUGAACACUAUCCUCUCUAUUCCCACCAUCUAUUGCCUCUCUCACUACUGCUAA